AUGUACUUGUGUAUAGUAAGAAGUAUCAGUGAUCCAAUAUCGACUCUGCAGCAGCGAGAAGUUGUAGUUCUUGUAGCUAUGGUGGUGGCUGCAACAACUUCUACACCAACAUUCUCCUCAACUGCUUUGACAAACAGUUGCAAUAUAAUACAACAGUUGCAAAAGUAUUAUGGUAGUGAUCCAAUAUCGACUCUGCAGCAGCGAGAAGUUGCGAGAAAUGGCGCGGCUCGCCUGCAGAAGGCCCUGGAGAUCAAUAUGAAGAUCAUGAAGGAUCAGCACCAGGUUGAGCUGACUUCGCUGCAGAGCGCACACGAACAACAACUUGUCGAACUCGAAAUGAGGUUGAAACACGAAGCCGAAACUGACAAGAGGGCCACCACGGAGCAGCACAAACUGGAAUUGGAGAACAUUCAAACGCAGGCCGAAAACUUGGUAAGAGAUACUCAUAAUGUUUGCAUUUUAAACAUCUUGCAUAUGUUGGGUGAAGAUUUUUUCGCCCUCGAAUCUGAUGAUGAUCUAUCAGAGAUGAAGUCACAACACGAUUCCGAAAUCACGACAGUCACGCACGAGUAUGAGAGCAAGCUGGAGGUUCUUAAAAGUGAAUUUACACAUCAACUGGAAGCCCUGAAGAAGUCAUACGAGUCUCGCAUUAACAACGUCACGAAACAUUACGAAGACAUCAAGGAGCACCUCAAUGAAAAAAACGUGCAACUGCACAAUGACUACCAGGAUAUGAUGAGGAGGAAUGCCAGGGAGGGGAGUGGGAUGAGUACGCCGACCAGCCAGGGAUCUCCAGGAACCAUGCUCUCACACAAAUACUUGGAGCAGGAGGUGGACAGCUUGAGGGCUGUCAUGGAGUUGAGGAAUAGUGAGAUCAAUCAACUAAGAAUGCACAACAAUCUUAUGGAGAAGCAGUUGGAAGAAAUCCCUAAAGCUCAGCUGACCAUCAACUCUCUGCAACAGAAGAUUGAAAACCUCGAAGCCAUCAUUAAUCUGAAGGCCGACUACGAAAAAGAUUUAGCUGAAAAACACAACGUACUAUUGAGGAAGUUGGAUCAGGAAAGUCGGGCAAAGAAGAGACUGUCCAUGAACAACGAGGAACUGGCCUUCCGACUGAGUCAGACAUUGAACAACGUGGACAUUAGCGUUGACCCAUCGACAACCACCACAAACGUUCUAAUCACGACGACAACAUCAACUUCUUCGCCACCACCCAAAUACACGAACGGUGUUCGUCCAAAGUCCAUGAUAGCGACAAUCACAACCACGCAACACUCGACGACCACAGCCACAGUCCAGCAACUUCCACCGACAUCUCCUUCCAACAAAUCUACCAACAGACUAUCUGGACCCCCACCUACCAGCGCUAAACCCUCCGGCAUCAAGUUACGUCGGCCCAAGGAUGACUCCAAGCAGGGAAGCGAUGGUGAAGAAAGGAGACCUCAAAUGAAACCAUCUGAUGUUUAA